AUGGCUAAUAAUUAUGACGAUGAUGAAAAUGCAAUAUUGAGACAGUAUGAAGAUUUUAGAACAGUACAUAACAUUUCGGAAAAUUCCUCGACUGCUAUAAUUUCAAGUAAUGGUAAAAAUGUCGAUUUUUAUAAACAUAUUAAUUGCAUUACAUUAUCAUCAUCUACACCGUUCAUUGCCACUAACAAUAAUGUUGCACAAUCAUUAAACGAUUAUAAUGAAAUACCUUUUGAUUAUAAUGAAUGGCAAAUACAUGAUUCACAUGUUGUCAAAAAACGUCCACCACGACAAAAUGAAUUUCUUCAACUUCUUUUAGCAAAUCCACGUUAUUGUUCAUAUCUAUGCUGGUUAGAUAAAAAGCGAGGUUUAUUUAGAAUUCUUCAACCAGAUCAAGUAGUUAAACUAUGGGAAAAAGUUAAAGGUCGACAAACGCAAGGAAAAAUGAGUUAUGAAACAUUUGCACGCGGUAUUCGACAUUAUUAUAAAACAGGAAUGAUGAUUAAAACAAAUAAAAAAUACACAUUCUGUUUUCAAUAA